CGCAUUUCUCAACAGCGACAAAGAUUUUGGUUCUUUAAGGAAUGGCUAUGGAAUACGUUUUAGUUAAAUGCCAUGUCUGUCAAGGAUAAGAUCACUGUCCCUUCAACUAGUGACAUCUCUUGUCUUGUAUCAGUUGUCACUCACUUCUGAGAAGACUGGAAGGGGAAUCUUCAUAUAAAAGUUCUAAACAUUCAUCCAGGGAGUCCUCGGCGCUGGGUCGCGGCGUUUGCUCUGCUCUCUCGGGAACUGCAACGAUUUCGAAAACCUCUCGGAACAUAAAUACAAAAAAACAGUAUAUUAAGAACAAACAUUAUUCUCUCAUCUCAUUCACACGCAUACAGUGAGAUAAAGUUACAAAACCAAAGUGCAGAUUAGAAGAGGAAAAAUAGAAGAUCACGGAUGAAAAGAAGAUAUUGAUAUAUCAGAAGACAGCAACAAGUGAUUCAGGAGGCGGUAGCAGAGACACCAAACGCACGGAUAUGGAGAAAUCCGAUUACAUUGCACCCAGGAUCACGGGUUGUCUCAUGAAGGACGGGACUUUUGUGAGCCUCGAGACGUCGCUGAAGUCAACACAGAUGGAAGACAAAUUAUCCCAAGACAGCCUCGAAGACAGACACUCCCUUACGUCCACCGACGUCAGUUCUCAGUCUAGCGAGGAAGAGGAAGAGCGGAGAGAGGAACCAGCAAAACGAAACCCUGCGGAGACCUCCUCGGCCGCCAUCGGUAGUUUGGACAGCCGCGUCCAGGAGACUCUCGGGGAACUGCAGAAGAUCGGCGAACCUGUAGACUAUGUCCAGAGAUACAGUCGGUCUCCCGGCGAGCCUCUGCAGCUGGAGGAGUCGUGGAAGAAGCUCGAGGAUGCCGAGUCGCUCCUGCAGUUCUCCAUCGACUCGGUCAAAACGAAGUGAGGAGCUCCGUCUCAGCGGAAGAUUUCGGUGCAUUGUGUUGCACGCUUAAUUAUCCCAUUAAUGUGUUGUUAACUGUGUGUACUCUCUCUCUCUCUCUCUCUCUCUCUCUCUCUCUCUCUCUC